AUGAACACCAUACCGACUGACGUUCUGUGUGACAUCUUCAUCGCACUGAAGGACAUAUACCCCUCACGACGUCUCGCAUACUCUCAGACGGAGGUCGACCGCACCAGUGCUACUCUCCAGCGCCUCGGCUGGCUGGUAGUCACAUUCGUUGAUAGACGAUGGCGCUCGGUCUCUCUGGAUUACGCCGCUCUUUGGUCGAAUCUACCGAUACAUCUCGGAAUUGAAUGGCUCCACACCUUCCUAUCAAGAAGCAAGGAUGCUGUCUUGACCUACGACGAUAUCGGAGCGGGAAACAAGGCCGAGGCGCUACGGGCGCGUGAUGCGGCAUGCACAUCGGUUAUCCCAACACAAAUGUACCGUAUGCGUAGAAUAAGGUUGUACUCAGCGUCUCAGCACCUGAUACAAGCGGCGCUCUCGCGUCCCGCACCCAUUCUGGAGAGUUUGGCGGUGUAUGGAGACCUGAGCGCGGAUAUCGCUCUCUUCGCGGGGAAGGCCCCUGCCUUGCGAUCUUUGACCCUGGGGUCGUAUCCUGAACACGCGGGUCUACUCAUGAGACUCGAUACGCAGGAUGAUAUAUUGGAAGGACUGACCUUCAUUCAACUCGACUUCGAUGGCGACGCCCUACCCGUGCACACUAUCGUCGAAAUACUUCGGCGUGCUCGGAGGCUCGAAAGUCUCAAGAUCAAAAGCGGGGACACCCACGCUUUUAGACAGGCUAUUGCGUGCCAUGAUGCGCCGUCAGCUCUUUUGCCCGCUCUCAAAACAUGCCACCUCAACGGUCGUGUUGACGGCAUCGCGCACUUAGUGUCACAUCUGCGACUCCCUCUCUCUGUCGUGAUGGCCGUGCAAUGCGAUUGUAGCCCGCUGGUACACCCCUCACAUUCUCCCGUACUUCGCCAGUUGGUCGAAAGCCUCGCCGCAUGGCGCUUCGGCUAUGAAGAUGGCCCCGGGGCACCCUUCCGCAUCGCUCGUUUGCAGCAAGGCGCAAAACAAUCUACGGCCACGUUGCUGUUUGCAUCGUCUCUGCCUCUCGACACGUCAUCGCCUUUCACCCUCCCUUCCGACGGCGUGUUCACUCUAGUUCUCAAAGAAACUCAUACAUCCCGCUAUGACACAAUGGGGUCGCGGCCGACGAUAUACUCGCACAUACUCCCGACACUUUUCAGUCAUGGCGAGACGCUGCUUGUGUUGAGUCGCGUGAAUAACCUCCAUCAGCACUUGCGUUGCCCACUUCCGUGCUUACAGCAAUUCUGCGCUUCGGAGAUGCUCGCCGACUACGAGAUGAUCGGUCCAAAUCUGAACCUACUUCCCUCGCUCCGAGUGUUACACUUAAUCAAUCCACCGCCACUCAGCGAAGUAGCGCUGGAAUGGUUUGCCGUGCAGGCUGAUGAGCCAACCUCUCCCUACCACAGAUGGACCCGUUUGCGGGCCACUCUACGUGAAAGACGCUCCGACGGGUGGACUCUGGAGCGCAUCGUAAUCCACGAGGACAUGAGGAUCCACAGGCAUACGAUGAGGUCGAAUUGGCCAGAUCGUUACGAGACGGUGAAGGAGUUUAUGGAAGAUGUGGUCGAGGUCGUUACAGUACAGACUACAGAACCGUUUUGGUAG